GUGUAAAUUUUAGUCAAUUUAUUUAUAUAAAUUGAUCGCAUUUGACAUUUUAUUUUAUUAAAUAAUACUUUUUAAACAAAAAAUGCGUAUAUUACCGUUUUUUAUCUUGACAUUGACUUCUUUUUCAUGUGCGAAGUCAGUAGUUUCAAAUUCUAUUAAAUCUGAUGAAUUCCAUCAAUUAAUAGAUCAAUUAGACUUCAAAGAAAGUCCAUCAGAUAUUGUUGCUGAAGUACUAAAUUUAAAAUUAAAGAAUUUAAAUCAAGUAUGUUUGGUUGAAAAUGAAAUUUUCAUCAAAUUGUAUGCAUACAAAGAAAAAAUUAACAAUGUAAUUGCCUUACUUCAUCCAACAAAAAGAAAUCAUACAUUAGAAGAAGACAAUAAUUAUGCUAGAAUUAUAUGGCAAAAUGUGUUUAAUAUUAGUAGAGAAUUGGAAAAUUGUUUUCCAGACAAUAUUUCAUUAAAAUCCUUUGAUAGGUGGAAUUUAAUGCAAAGCGUUUGUACCGAGAUUGCUAAAAGAAUAAGAUAUCAAAAUCUACUAACACAUGAUGACGGUAAUUGUUUAAAUAACAUAUCACAACAAAUGUUUGAAUGUCUUGAACAAAAAGUAGAAACUGAAGAUACUUUAUUCUUUUUUUUAUUGGCAGGAUUGGUACCUCGAUUUGGUAAUUGCGAUGAUAAUCUUGAGCCUAAAUUUUGUUUCUUAAGGGCUUUAAAAUCAUGUAAUAGUCCAAAUAUAGUUACAGCUUUUAAACAUUUAUUAAGCCCUCCAGAAUAUAAUGUACCAUGUGAAAAUCUACAAAAUUUCCAAUGAAAUUAAUUGAAGAUUAUAAUUUUAUACAUUAUGGUUCUAAUAUAUAAUGAAAAAAAAGAAAAUUUUAUUGAAUUAAUACACACGAGAAAAAAAUUCAUGGAACCAAAGGACUACUAGCGCCGUGGCGAAAAAUAGAACUAUUAAAACACUUGCUAAAUUUCUAGACUAAAUCAAUGAUUAUUUAUCAAUGUUAUAUUUCUUUUUGUGAAAUAAAUAAAAUAUCAUAUUUCUCAAA